GGCCUCCCCCCCGCAGCCCCCGCUCGGGGCCGAGUCCUGAGGGGCCCGGGAGCAGGCCCGGCCACGUGCAGCGCGGGGAGCGCCCCCGGCGCUGGCCCCGGCCCGAGAGAACCCUUGCUCCAGGGCUCGCCCAGCCUCGGGGACUUCGGCGCUGCCCGCGGCAGCGGCGCCAACACCCGCCGAGGCGCCCCCAGACGCCGGCCCUUCCCCCACUUCGGGAGCCGCCUCUGGAUCCAGCAACGGCCGCCCUCCCCGAAAUCCUCGGCGACGCCCCUCGGCGCCCCGCCGCCUCGGAAGCCGCGAGCAGAGGCUCCGCCUGCGGGGGCGGGGCCGGCGGGGCCACCGCCCGCGCGGGAGGCGGUACUUCCGGGACAGAGGGCGGGCAAGAUGGCGGCGCCCAUGGAGCUCUACUGCUGGGCUGGGGGCUGGGGGCUGCCGUCGGUGGACCUGGACUGCCUGGCCGUGCUGGCCUAUGCCAGAUUUACUGGUGCCCCACUUAAGGUGCACAAGAUCACCAACCCCUGGCGGAGCCCUUCAGGGACUCUGCCUGCGCUUCGGACCGCUCAGGGAGAGAUCAUCUCAGUACCAUGCAGGAUCAUCAGCCAGCUUCGGAAAGAGAAGUUCAAUGCGGAUUACGAUCUGUCCGCGCGCCAGGGGGCAGACACCUUGGCCUUCCUGUCCCUGCUCGAGGAGAAGCUGCUCCCGGUACUGAUUCACACUUUUUGGGUGGAUGCCAAGAACUACGUGGAAGUGACCCGGAAGUGGUACGCGGAAGCCAUGCCAUUCCCGCUCAACUUCUUCCUGCCUGGCCGCAUGCAGCGGCAGCACAUGGAGCGCCUGCAGCUGCUGUGCGGGGAGCACAGGCCCGAGGAGGAGGAGCAGCUGGAGAAGGAGCUGUACCAGGAGGCGCGGGAAUGCCUCACCCUUCUCUCCCAGCGCCUGGGCACGCAGAAGUUCUUCUUUGAAGACACCCCUACCUACCUGGACGCCUUUGUCUUCAGCUACUUGGCACUGCUCCUGCAGGCCAAGCUGCCCAGCGGCAAGCUGCAGGCUCACGUGCGGUCGCUGCCCAACCUCUGCGCCUACUGUACCCACAUCCUCAGCCUCUACUUCCCCUGGGAUGGAGCUGAGGGGCCACCGCCACGCCACCCGUCCACGGGCCCAGAGGCCGAGGAGGAGCCGUACCGGCGCCGGACCCAGAUCCUUUCGGUGCUGGCGGGGUUGGCCGCCAUGGUGGGCUACGCCCUGCUCAGCGGCAUCGUCUCUAUCCAGCGCGCCACGCCGGCCCGGACCCCGGGCACACGGGCCCUGGGCAUGGCCGAGGAGGACGAAGAGGAAUGAUUCUCACCCCACCCCCGGACUGGUUUUUCUACUGCCAUGCAUUCCAGGGUCCCCCAGGUCUUCCUGUUGGUAUGGCCGAACACUGGGUGCCAUCCCCAGAAUAAACCCGCUCACUGACAGGC